UGAAACGAAGGUUUCAAAGUGACAACGAAAUAUGUGAAUGGAUAGAAAUUUUAUAUACAGGGACUUUUGACAUAUCAAUCCACAUCGUUCGGAUACCUACUCGUUUAUUAAAGUCUUCACUAGAGCUAUGAAAAUGGCUGUGGACGAACCAAAAGAACACAUUCUCGACAAAAUUGGAAGUUUUGGACUAUAUCAGCUACGAUUAUUUGGUAUCAUGAACUAUGCAAUAUUUUUCUUUGUGAUGGUGUUCCUGGUGAUGACAUUCAGUACAGCUGAACCUCCGUGGAAGUGUAAAGCAAACUCUACUUCAUGCACCUUAAAUGGAACCUUUAAAGCUGGCGAUAAAGACUAUGAACAUCGUUGCAGUAUUCCACGUAAAGACUGGGAAUUCGCUGUGGAGGGAAAUUUUGAUUCCAUUGUCACAGAGUGGGAUUUGGUUUGUGAAAGAGGAGAACAAGCCAGCUUGGUUAAUUCCCUUACGUUUCUGUUCGGAAUCGUCGGUGUAUUGGCAACCAGCAUUCUUGGGGACAAGUACGGAAGGAAAAAUAUGGUAUUUUUCACUUAUUUCUUCCUUUGCACUUGUGGGCUGUUGUCGGCGUUUGCUCAAACGUAUUGGGUAUUUGCACUCUUCAGAUGCCUUGUGGGAUUAGGAAUGGGGAUUAUACCUAGCUCUUUUACUCUGGUAAUGGAAWAUGUCGGCGCUCGACAUCGCAGCAUGGUUGGAACGGCGUAUUGGACGUCAUGGGAGAUUUCCUUGUGUGUGUUAGCGUUGCUAGGAUACCUUUUACAAAGUUGGCGUCUUCUUACUAUUAUCGCAAGUGCUCCCGGGAUGUUGUUUAUUCUGUUUUGGUGGUAUACUCCGGAAUCUCUUCGUUGGUUCUUGGUGAAAGGCAGGAUUGAUGAGGCCAAGAAGACAUUGAAAACUGCUGCACGAGUCAACAAAAAAGUCCUCUUGGAUGAUGACAUGACCCUACUUGCAGUGAACGAGGACAGAGGGAAUCUUGGUGAGAAAGAGAGACUUGGAGAUAUAAGGGAUCUGUUUGCAUCUCGUUCAAAGGCGCACAUAAUUUUAUUUUCUUGGUAUUGCUGGUUUGUCAAUGGUUUAGUAUUUUAUGGCAUUACACUGAGUGCACCAACUGUUGGUGGCAACAUGUACUUGAACUUUUUUCUGCAAGCUGUGUGUGAAGCACUUGCGAUAAUAGUGGGAAUACCUGCAUUAAAUAGGUUUGGGCGAAAGAAGACGGUURUUUUCGGGCUGUGGAUGGCUGGUGUUUUCAUGUUUUCUGCUGCACUUUUGUCUUAUUAUGACGAUGGUAGUGAAGGCUUCCUUGCUGGUAAAAUCUUGUCGGCUAUUGUUUUGGGCAAGUUGUUUAUCACCCUUUCUUUCAAUAGUGUUUGUGUUCAUUCUUCGGAAUUUUUUCCAACAGUUAUCAGAAAUACUGCCAUGGGAUUUUUGGAGGCUGCAUCUAACAUCGGUUCUGCCUGCUCCUCAUACGUCGUCUACUCGAUCUCAUACGAUAUUCAUUUGAUCCCUCCACAGCAAAGAGUCCAUCCAUUGAUGCCUUUUGGUAUUAUGGCAAUCAAUACCUUGAUCUGUGGAAUAAUGUUUAUGACUCUGCCAGACACCAACAAGAAAGCCAUGCCUGAUACCAUAAAACAGGCCGAUCUAAUGAUCCAGAAUACCAGUGUUCGAGUUGAUGAAUACCCCUGCAAUCAGCAACUCUAAUAUCAUCGACGGUAGAUAGGUCAGACUUAUUGGUGAGACAGACAAAUAAUAGUAAUAAUAAUAAUAAUAAUAAUAAUAAUAAUAAUAGUAAAUAGCACUACUACUACUACUACUACUACUACUAC